UCCUAUCAACAAGCAUUAUUGUAGCUAGAAACACAGUAAAUUAAAACUAAGUGCAUGAUCUCAUCUCUUUCUUGUUUUGUCCUAUAAUAACAUAACUUGCAUCAAAAGAGACUAUUAAAAGAUGUUCCUGCAAUAAAUUUGUUUAAUAUGAUUUUGCUAUUAAUCCUUUAAGCUUUUAGGCUUGAGAAUUGUUAACAUAUUCUGAAUUAAAUGCUAUGUGGAAAAUUACUCUGGUAGAAAUAAAAGGAGAAAAUGCCCUUUGUUAAUUGGUGCUGUUUGUUUUUCCCUGAAAAAAAAAAUUGUCUGUCUAUAGAGGAGAGGGAAAAAAGCACACUAUAGGGAUAAACUCACUUCUUGUAGUUUAAAUAAAUGUGCUCUGUAUGUAGAUUCUUUUUUGAUUGCACAGUGAGCAAGAAAAAGCAACUGCUGUCCCUUUAAUAUAGGAGCUAUGCACAUUACAAUAGGUGUCACUGUGUUUCUUGGUCCAAUCAUUGUCGGUGACUUCAGCUAUUGGCUCAAAACACUGGCUGUCUGACUCCAUCUGCAGGGCUGUAAUACCUACUCUCGGCAGAUCCAUUCAACACACAACUUCAGCCAGCUGAACAGACUCGCACUGCUACAGCAAGCACAUCUUGCUAACCUAAUUCAGAAAACAAGUGCUACAGCUCUAUGUAUAUCUUCUUUGCACACUGUAGCAUUUUCAGGUGAUCUGGGAAGCUGAGAAAGGCUCUUGGAAGCAAAUAUAAGAAUCAAGAAUCAUAAUGGAGAUAUAUUUAACAAAUCAAGUACUGGAUCAAACUUAAAGCCAGUUUCUUAUUCAUCAUAGUGAAAAGGUCACCUUGCCUCACUGGAAGAAAAGCAAAAUAUUGCUUACUUUUAAAUUCUUGUCAUCCAUUCUAUUUUUCUAAAUGAUCUUACCUAUGUAGACUUUCUAGCUGCACAGACAGACAUACGGUCCUCAUGGUAGAUGACAAGGGAAAGAACAUGAAAUGUCUUACCUUUUUUUUGAUGCUUCCAGAGACUGUCAAGAACAGGUCCAAGAAAAGCUCUAAGAAGGCAAAUAGCAGUAACAGCAGCAAGUUGCCACCAGUCUGCUAUGAAAUCAUUACCUUGAAGACCAAAAAAAAGAAGAAGAUGGCUGCUGAUAUUUUUCCCCGUAAGAAGCCAACCAACUCCAGUACAACCACUGUCCAGCAGUACCACCAGCAGAAUCUCAAUAACAAUAAUACUAUCCCAGCCCCUAAUUGGCAGGGGCUUUAUCCUACCAUUAGAGAAAGAAAUGCGGUGAUGUUCAACAAUGAUUUGAUGGCAGAUGUUCAUUUUGUGGUUGGGCCACCAGGUGGGACACAGCGGUUGCCAGGACACAAAUAUGUUUUAGCUGUUGGGAGCUCUGUAUUCCAUGCAAUGUUUUAUGGAGAGCUUGCUGAGGACAAAGAUGAAAUCCGUAUACCAGAUGUCGAACCUGCUGCUUUUCUCGCUAUGCUGAAAUACAUCUAUUGCGAUGAAAUUGACUUGGCUGCAGACACAGUGCUUGCCACCCUUUAUGCUGCCAAAAAGUACAUCGUCCCUCAUCUUGCUCGGGCCUGCGUCAACUUCCUGGAGACCAGUCUCAGUGCGAAAAACGCUUGUGUACUGCUUUCCCAGAGCUGCCUCUUUGAAGAACCUGAUCUGACCCAGCGCUGCUGGGAAGUCAUUGAUGCCCAGGCUGAGCUAGCUCUCAAAUCUGAGGGAUUCUGCGAUAUUGAUUUCCAAACAUUAGAGAGUAUCCUCCGCAGGGAGACUCUGAAUGCCAAAGAGAUUGUUGUUUUUGAGGCUGCUCUCAAUUGGGCUGAAGUUGAGUGUCAACGCCAGGAGCUGUCACUGAGCAUUGAAAAUAAACGGAAGGUCCUUGGAAAGGCACUGUACUUGAUCCGAAUUCCCACCAUGGCCCUUGAUGACUUUGCAAAUGGCGCUGCCCAGUCUGGAGUUUUGACUCUGAAUGAAACCAAUGACAUCUUUCUUUGGUAUACGGCAGCUAAAAAGCCUGAGCUAGAGUUUGUGAGCAAUGCCCGUAAGGGCCUCGUUCCACAGCGCUGCCACCGCUUCCAGUCCUGUGCCUACCGAAGCAAUCAGUGGCGGUACCGGGGUCGUUGUGACAGCAUUCAAUUUGCUGUGGACAAAAGGGUCUUCAUUGCUGGCUUUGGCCUCUAUGGGUCCAGUUGUGGUUCAGCAGAAUACAGUGCCAAGAUUGAACUCAAACGUCAGGGUGUCAUUCUGGGACAGAACUUAAGCAAAUAUUUCUCAGAUGGAUCUAGCAACACUUUCCCAGUGUGGUUUGAAUAUCCUGUGCAGAUUGAGCCAGACACUUUUUACACAGCCAGCGUAAUUUUGGAUGGCAAUGAAUUGAGUUACUUUGGACAGGAAGGUAUGACAGAGGUUCAGUGUGGCAAAGUGACUGUCCAAUUUCAGUGCUCUUCAGAUAGUACUAAUGGUACUGGUGUACAGGGUGGACAAAUUCCUGAACUUAUAUUUUAUGCUUAAAAUAUCAUUCCCAAAAGAAAGUGUGAUCUUUGAAAUGCAUAUCUGGUUCAGACAUGUUGAUGCUUUGCUUAUCUGCAGAUAAAUGCUCAGUACAGGUAAUUUGUAAUUAAUUAUGUUAUAGGUAAUUUCUAAUUACUUUUUAGGUUAAAAUGUAGUUUUACAUUCCUAACUAAAUGCUCAAAAGAACCAAGUUCUGAUUAAGGCUAUUAUUUUAAGAGUUGCGUCUAUAUACUAAGAAAAAUUGUGUACAUUUUCUUCAUUGCUUUUAUCUAGUUAACAAUCUUUUUUAUAAUUGUCUUAAAUUUCCCUUUGGGCUUUAUUUUGAUCAUAAUGUAAAUAUGUAGUAUAAAAUGAAGUGGAGUUUUAUUUUAUUUUUAAGGCUCAAGGGAAAAAAAAUAGACUAGUUUGGAAUGAAGUUCUUUUAACCUACAAGUAACAGUUUUAAGUUUGGUUGAAUAUAUAGCAAAUAGGUAGCAAUCAUUUUUGACUUUUAUUUUAUUCCUUCUCAUUGCUUUUCAGCUUUUGCUUUGUACUUGCUAUGUGAAUUAAUUGGACUGGUACAUGUGAAGCUAAAGGUAGCAAUUUCCCUGGAGGUGUUAGUGAAAAAUUGAAAGACUGGAUUUUUUUUAAAGGGACUCCUUGAGAACAAUUAACUUACUUUUCUUUAAUCUAGAAGGGCAGAAUUUUGAAACAUAUGAAUUUCUUUUGGAAGUAACUUCAAAAUCAUAGUUUUCAUUCAUAACAGAAAAGGACUACAGGCUUGUCACUUAUUGGAAAGUAGAAGAAUCUUAAAUUUACAAAAUUGAUAGCACAUGUUAGAAUUCAUAAUUUGAGGAGAGAAAAAAAAAUAGAGCUUUCCCCCAUAUUGCUCUUAAUAUAUAAUAAUUGCUUAAUACAUAAUAGGAUUAAUUUCUAUAUAUAAUUCUCUGUUAAAAGAGGACCAUACAGUUGUUUAGAUUGGUUGAAUACCAGUUAGUUAACCAGAAUUCUACAUAUAACAGUAAGUUUUACUUGUUUUACCUAAUAUAUGCUUUGAAUAUAUGAUAAUAUAUCCAUUAGUGAUAAUUCUUUAAAAUUCCUAGAUGGCUAGAAUAGUGCCAUCUAGUCACCCUAAAAUGAUAUUAAAUACCUACAGAAAAUAGAAUAUGAUCUCGAAGGAUUAAAGUGGAUUUUACUUAAUAUCCAAAACAUCAGCAUUGUAUCUAACUUUGUCAUAUGUUCUAUGUACAACAUAAACAAAGGAAUGUCUGCUUUACAAGAAAUAAUCUCCCUUAUAAGAUGGUUUGUGGAAGUUUAGUACCUAACAUUAUUGAUAGAGUUCACUAUGACUGACCUAUUUGCAUGUGAACUGUCCAUGCACUCCUGGUUGCUUUCCUGCCCAAUAUGAUCCUGAGAUGUCUUCCCCCCCGCCACCCAGAGUGCGGCUUCUGGCUGCCUCCUUCCCCUUGCUCAGCACAGUCCUAGACUGGCUUUUUGAAGCUAGGGGGUAGUUUUGGGGUGUGUGUGCGUGUGUGUGUUUGCACACUCAGGAAUUUCCUUCUUUCUGUGUCUGCUAUCUAGGCAGUAGAACAGAAAUUAUUCCUCUGUUCACCCUAGUAUGGUCCUAGGCAAUUUUCCUUUACCCUGCCUUCUUUAGUGUGCUACCAGGCCACUUUUUCCCCUUUACCUAAUAAAAGUGGGAUGGCUUUCUCAUUACCUAAUCUAAUAGAGGAGGACAGUGGAUUGUCUGAGAUUUCAAAGUCUUCUGUGCUGCUGUCCCAAUCUAUACAAUCAAGAGUUGACUGUCACUGGUAAUUAGAGAAAACCCCUAGGACAGCUUUCCAAGAACUUUAACAAUAAUGUGAUAUUGUGAAGAUUGUAAAUAGGGAGAAGAGCCAAAAUACUAAUGGAAUAAAGGGAAAUAUUCCCUAGAAAACUACUGCAAAUUAUUUUUAAUAUAGUUUAAAUUGCCUGUUAUUCUUUGCCACCACAAAACAAAUUUAAAAAAAUAAGCCUGAUUAGUCAUCAUGCAUUCUUUUAUUUUAAAAUAUAUAUAUAUAUAUAUUAGAAACUAGGAAAAUGGCAUACCCCUAAGGAGUUGAGGUCAACCUGAUGGCCUUCUUCUGGAGUAUGCUCAGUUCAUGGAAUCAUUGUCCAUGCUAUUGUUAAGUAGCUGUAUUCUUGGUGGCUUAUGAAUUAACCUGAUUACAGCCAGAGGGAAGAAUACCCCUUUUAUGUCUGGCAAUAAACUCAUUCUCAUUUUACAUUUACUUUCUAUUCUUUUUUUUUUUUUUUUUUUUUUUUUUUUUUUUAAGUGCUGGGUCUACCAUGUGAUGAAGUUAGGCAGAUAUUCUUGAAUUAAAGUGGGAUAUUUUACAGUGGAAAACUUUAUUUUAAAUCUGUUAUCCCUUCAAUAUGUUAGACAAAAUGGAAUGAAAACUGAUGUGCUUGCUUUAGCUUUUCUGAGUAUAUUCUUGGUAGUUAUAGGUUAUAAAACUAGAUCAUAUUUCUAACAAACCAGGCAAUUUUGGUAUAUAAACACAACUUCAAUAAACAGAACAUGCUGUAGAUGCUAUUUUUAAAUGUACCUGGCAGUCUUUGUAUUUCAAUGUUAAUUCUGGGGAUAGAGGAAACUAGGCUAUGUAACAUUCUUUAUAUCUUAAAUAGUAUUUAAGUAAAUGGUUUAAUUUCUACAUAAUUAUUGCACUGAAUUUUUUUAAGGUGCUUAAGCUAAGCUAAUUUCAGAUCACAGUAGCCAAUUGUGCUUCAGGGUGCUUGAAUUUAGCAAGCUUAUAGCAUUAUUUAUGAAGGACAAAUAUAUAAAUAUGAAGUACCUCAUGUUGAAUGUUUAUUGUACUGUAUCUUUAAUGUAACAGUGCAGAUCUUGUUAGACACAUGAAUGUGUAUAAUCAUGUUAAAUACAAAUAAACAUAAAAUUGGUUCGUA